CGGCUACUGAGUGCAUGUAACUCUGGCAAACCAGUAAAUGAAUUUAUGAAAGAAUGUUAUAUGAGAGAUGUGAUUUAUGGAGUUGCAAAUGCUUGGCAGUCAGUAGAAUCAUCAACAUUGAAAAACGGAUGGCAUUUGUGGCCAGCUUUAUUGUUCAGUUCUGCACCUGGUGAGGAAAUUGGAAAUGAAUUUACGGGAUUUAGGGUUUCAAGUCAAAAUCAGAUUGUACGUGAACUGCUUUCUUAUGCUCAAGAUCUCGGUAAUCCUACUGCGAAGGAAGCUGCAUCGAGGCUGGAUGCAGAUAACAUUAACGAGUGGAUGGGUGUUGAUGAUGAUGAAUCAACUGUUCAUCAUUAUACUGACGUUGAAAUUGUUCAGAUGGUUGUAAAUCCAAAGACAAACAGCAGUGGGGGAGAAAGUAAUGAUGAAAACUAGGAAGAGGUAGCUGAAAGAAUGUCCAUUGAUAAGUUAGUUGAGCUGACAGGUGAAUUGAUAAAAGGUCUCGA